GUUUGUGCUGGUUUGGGGAUAGUUAGUAACGCCUUCAUUCAAGUCAAAAUGCAGAAUGAAUGUCCCCCGUCCCUCUAAGGAUGACACAGAAGAUGAUCUGUUAAGAUACCAAGAGGAAUUCCUUCGUUCUAAGACAAAGCCAUCUGCUACUGUAGUAAAGAAGCCAGACAAGCGCAAACAAGAUGAAGCAGCUUCAGAACAAGGACAUAAAGAUGUUGUUAAACUUGAAGGUUUUCCAGAUGCCCUUCCUUCACCUUCUGUUCCAGUAAAGAAAUCAAAGUUCCAACAGGAAACUAGCAACAAGAAACAGGUAUUCCAGCAAGAUGAUCCCACUUUGGACCCUGAAGAAUAUCUAGAGAAACAUGAUUCCCACAUCACUUCAAUCCUGAAGAAUAUUGUUGAGAAGAACACACUGAAUGCAAUGGAAUG